UCCUAUAUCACUUCCACUACCACCUGGCGGACCGGAGAAUGUUCUUUUGGCCGGUAGCGUUGGUUCCACUCUGGGAAUCCAAAGGUCGAACAGAUGGUGUGUGAGCUCUCAAUUCGCGCAUACAGCAUGCUCGUUGUAUCUCGUACAGACAAGGAGUAGCCCGAGAGAGAGAGAGAGACUCGUACAGACAAGGUGUGGCCCGAGAGAGAGAGAGAUGAUAUUACCAGUUGUGAAGCUCGGAACGCUAGCUCUUCGAACGGCGUCCAAACCCAUCGCUAAUCGGCUGAAGAAAGAAGCUGGAAAGCACCCAAAGUUUCGACAGUUCAUCGUCGACAUUGCCCAGGCAAACCAUCGAUUCAGUGUAAAUGUGCAAAGACGCAUUUAUGGUCGUGCAACUGAUGUUACAAUUCGUCCUCUAAAUGAGGAGAAAGCCGUCCAAGCUGCUGCGGAUCUUGUUGGGGAACUUUUUGUGUUUACGGUUGCAGGGUCUGCUAUUAUAUUUGAGGUGCAACGAAGUGCUAGGUCAGAAGCUAGGAAGGAGGAAAAGAGGAAACAAGAAAUACAGGCAAUGAAGCAACGCGACGAAGAUCUAGCAAGAGAAUUGGAGCUUCUAAAGCACAAAAUUGCAGAGAUGGAGCAACAUAUGUUAAACUUCCAGCAUGGUCACAACACCGGAGAUGGACAAGAGAAACAUACUUGAUAGCUCUGCAUCAUAAUACUUUAAGGCUGUGUUUGGAUCUUGAGUUUAUGGAGAGAAAUAUUGGAGAAAUCCCCAUGCGUUUGCAUUACCUUUUCUAUUCCUUUUCUUUUCUCCACAAAUCAAGAUUUCAAGCACAAUCUGGAUCUAACGAACAAGAGAGUCCAUUGGCGGUUUUCCCCUCAACAGGAAACCAUUUCGGCUACGUUCAUUAUUUAGAAUUUUUCUUGCAUUGGCCGGUUGAGUUUGGGGUUGAUCGGUUUAAUUUGUAACCAAGGGAAGCAAAUGUAUGAAAGCUGGUUGUCCUCUUUGUUUCAUUAUAGUGUGGUGUUACCUUACCUGUAUCUAUAGUACUAUGCUUGUGCAAAGAUAACAAGUAGGAGUACUUGCUAGUGUGGGAUGUAAAAUGACGAACUACUCCCUUUGUCUUAUUUUAUUUGUCUUUUUUUU